AUGGCCUAUGCUGAGGAAGACAGAAGCAGCUAUGAGGCGUGCCAGGAGGCAGCAGAGUGGCUGCGUGCCCGCGCUGCCCGGCGGCCCAGGGUCGCCAUCGUCUGCGGCUCCGGGCUGGCAGCUCUGGCUGAUGUGCUGGACAGCAGGACAGUCUUCCUGUACGAGGACAUCCCCCACUUCCCAAGGAGCUCAGUGUCAGGGCACGUUGGCAGAUUGGUGUUUGGGGAGCUGAAUGGACAGUCCUGCGUGUGCAUGCAGGGACGAUUCCACUCCUAUGAAGGCUACUCUCUCAGCACGGUCACCUUUCCCAUCAGGGUGUUCUUUCUCCUGGGGGUGGAGAUCUUGAUUGUCACUAAUGCUGCUGGAGGACUGAAUCCCCACUUCCAAGUGGGGGACAUCAUGUUCAUAAGGGAUCACAUCAGCUUGUUUGGCCUGGGAGGGCAGAACCCCCUGCGUGGACCAAACGAUGAGAGGUUUGGAGUGAGGUUUCCCUGCAUGUCAGACGCUUAUGAACCAGAUCUGCUCAGCCUGGCCAUGGAGAGUGCCCAGGAGCUGGGGCUGCUGAGCUUCACCAGGGAAGGAGUGUACUGCCUGCAGGCUGGGCCCAGCUACGAGACCGUCGCCGAGUGCCGCCUGCUGCAGGCGCUGGGAGCCGACGCUGUGGGCAUGAGCACUGUCCCAGAGGUAAUUGUAGCCAGGCAUUGUGGCCUCCGAGUCCUUGGGAUCUCCCUCAUCACCAACAAAGCGGUGAUGAGCUACAGCAGCCAGGAGAAAGCCAACCACGAGGAGGUGCUGCGCAUCUCGGUGCUCCGCGCUGAAGCCCUGCAGAAACUGAUCUCACACCUCCUUGGCAAGCUGGGGGAAAGCUCAGACUCUCUAUGA